AAUAUUAUAUAAUAUAAAUUUGGUGUGUCUAAGAAAAAUCAUUAUGUCUCUUGAUGCGCAGAAAAUAAUAAUAGGAGAAGCCAAAUAAGGGAAAGGCGGUGGACGAAUACUAUACAUUUGGAGACAGGCAAAAAUCAAAUUAAUACCAAGUUUAUAUCCAUAAGCGCUCGAAUAAGAAGAAUAUGUCCGGUGGUUCAUUAAUUGCUUUAAAAGAAGACGCUAUAGAUGGGAAUGCUGGAUCUAAUGGUAAUGUAAAUCAGCAAACGCACCAGCAGCAGCAACAACAACCACAACAAAAUGGACCAAGCUCUGGAUCGGCCUCUUCAGCUCCUGCUGAAGGAACGCGUCAAAAUAGCUUGCAACGUAUACAGCAACGUAAACAAAAGGUUUUCAAUUUGCCAAUAUCCCAAAAAUUGGCUAAAUUGUCAAUGUAUUCAGCUUGUCAAGCCGAGGGAUGCCGUUGCACGGGUUGGAAAACACCGCAAGAAAAUCGACACCGAGAUGUUGAAUCUUCCUAUUGUCCUGAAUUCAAUGAGGAAUGCCGUAACACCAAUUGCCGUCAUACGUUACAAAGUCACAUAGCUCAUUUGGACGGUAUUUCCGGUGUGGAAAUGAAUAAUCUGCUGGGAGCUAUUAUCGACAUGGAGAACUUGUUUAUGUCAAUGCAACGCGUGGAUGAUGAGGAUACAAAGAAAGUUUAUCUGUAUCUAUUCCGAUUACUGCGUCAGUGCGUGAUAACCAGGCAACAAGCUGUCAUACGUGGCCCCUUAGGAGAUCCACCAUUCGAAUCUCCCUGCAUUGCUAAAGCUGUGUAUUCAUUUGUUUUCUAUAAAUACCAUCAUUUAAGCCCCAAUGAAUUGCAAACCAUGACCGAAGUUGCUAAAACAUUCUUAAACUUCUUGAAUCACUACAAUUUUGAACCACCAUCUUUAAGAAAAGCCGAUCUCAAGAAUGAGGAUGCGUCUACCUACAAGAUCAAUUAUACGCGCUGGUUAGUAUUUUGUCAUGUGCCCGCCUUUUGCAAUUCCUUGAGGCACUUUGAGACUUCUUUGGUUUUUGGUCGGACUCUACUACGCACCGUCUUCCAAUAUAUGGCUCAACAACUAAAGAAAAAAUGUAUAUCAGAACGAGAUCGAUUUCCUGCCGAUAAGAGGUCAAUAAUUACCCAAAUGCCUAAAUUUUUAGAAGCUCUUAAAGGGGAAUUACUUAAAGACGAGUCGCCUAUUUGGGACCAAACCUAUCGGCCUCCCAGCGCUUUCCUAAUGCAACAACGCAAACGUCAGCAGGAUACAGCAACUAAUGUUUCGGGGACAGUAAAUAACGCUAACGGCAAACGUGCAAACAUUGGCGAACCGAUACAUAAGAGGCCCAAAAAAGAUGUUGAUCGAAACAGCGGUGAUUCUAAUUACGAAGAUCUUCCUGAUGAAACAGUUAUUCGUGCAAUGAAAGCCGUCUCCGAAUCGAAAGCCAUUAAUAAAACGGAAAUACUUUUUCCAGUCAAUGUUUCCAGAGAUGAAAAUGUUAAGGCGGAAGAGCAACAACGUGCUAUUGAAUUUCAUGUAGUAGGCAAUUCGUUGACAAAGCCAGUUGACAAGGAAACUAUUCUAUGGCUAUUGGGUCUGCAAAGUGUUUUCGCUCAUCAAUUACCCGAAAUGCCGCGUGAAUAUAUUAGUCAGCUAGUAUUCGAUACGAAGCAUAAGACAUUAGCACUGAUCAAGGAGAAUAUGCCAAUAGGAGGUAUAUGCUUUAGACCAUUUCCUAGUCAAGGAUUUACAGAAAUUGUAUUUUGCGCGGUCACAAUGUCCGAACAAGUAAAAGGUUACGGAACCCAUCUGAUGAAUCACCUUAAAGAUUAUAGCAUACAAAAGGGCGUAUUACAUCUUUUGACUUACGCUGACUGUGACGCAAUAGGAUAUUUUAAAAAGCAAGGAUUUUCGAAAGACAUCAAAUUAGCUCGUCCUGUGUAUGCCGGCUUUAUUAAAGAGUACGAUGGAGCAACUUUAAUGCACUGCGAACUGCAUCCUAGCAUUGUAAAUACACAAUUUAUAUCAGUUAUACGACGUCAAAGUGAAAUUCUUAAAGAACUUAUAGCUGAGCGUCAUAAUGAGGUGCAAAAGGUACGACCUGGUUUGACUUGUUUUAAAGAAGGUCUUCCAUCUAUUCCUGUAGAAUCUAUACCCGGUUUGCGUGAUAUUGGUUGGAAACCGCAAACAAGAGCACCAAGAACUUCGAGGCCGUUAGAAGAGUCAACGGACCCUGAAAAACUGGCAGCAUCAUUUGCUGCCGUGUUGCAAGCGGUGCGCCAUCACGCAUCUGCGUGGCCAUUUUUAAAACCGGUCACUGCAGCUGAAGUACCCGACUACUAUGAUCAUAUUAAAUAUCCAAUGGAUUUGAAGACUAUGGCGGACCGCCUUAAGAGAGGCUAUUACGUAACGCGUCGUCUCUUCAUGGCCGACAUGGCGCAUAUUUUUUCAAAUUGCCGCUUUUAUAAUUCGCCUGAAACUGAAUAUUAUCGUUGCGCUAACAAUUUGGAACGUUACUUUCAGACUAAGAUGCGCGAGCUCGGCUUAUGGGAUAAAUGAUGUCAAGCUCUUAAUGCAACGGUUGAGCCAGCCCAUGAAAGGGAUAAUAAAAACGAGGAUGAUUGCAAUGAAGCAAAUUUGGAUAUAAAAAAUGCUAAAAUACAUACUAACUCUACAACUAAUCUUAGCCAUCACAUGACAGCAGCAAAUGCUUCUUUUGGCACUAGCGCUAUAGAAAAUUCGAUUUUCACUAAUAAUUUUGGAAUUGCGUCAUUGCCAGAGGAUAUAUUUAAAAAUUAAAAUUAAAUGUACUAAGAAGAAAAAUGCAUAAACUCAAGCAUACAUCUAUAAACAGAUACAUACUAAUAUAUAUAGUCUCAGUUAAAUGAAAGCUUUUCUUAAUAACCCCUUCGAAAAACGUUACUAUCAAAAUAGUGAUCACGUACAAGAAGUAUAAUAAUAUAUCAAAUUAAAUAUAUUAUUUAUAUAUAUAAAAUAAGCUAUAAUAAUAAAAUAAGCUUAAAUACCUUUGAACUGCUUUGGAAAGUUUUUAAACUUUAAGUAAAAAGUGAUUUCCAAUCGUUUUAUCUUAAAGAUGUAAGAAGUCAUUAAAAGGAUUAAGUAUUGAUUAAUUUUAAUGUAAUUUAAAAAUUACCGAAAAAAAUAACUUUGGAAGAACAGUUUUUUAAAAUCAAAUA